UUCGUGAUAAUUUCUAUGGGUUUUCUACACAUGCAAAUUUUUGGUUGAAUAACGAUUAGGAUUUGUUUUGAGAGUUCCAAUUGUAUGAAAAACGUUGCUCUUUUGCUGCGAUCAUUACGAAAAUUGGCAAUUGAAUUGGAGCAUGAAAUCGAAACCUGUGGCAGUUUGUUUUAUAUUCAGAAAUUAGUCACGUUUUGAACAUUUACGACUAUGAAUGAAGAUCAAUACCGAUUAUAGUUAAAAACAAUUUACAGUCAAAGUUGAAACAGCACGUUCACAGUAAUUCUACUCAAUUCCGCGACUUACGUUAGUACCCAAAAACCGACUCAUUUCACUCAGAUAUUCGUAAUCAUCCAGUUUGGCGUUGUGUUGAUAUGUUCAUUGGGACCUUCAUAUAGGUGAACUGCUUUGAUAUAAACACCAGACUUUACGGCUCGUGAUUAAAACAAUAUACAGAUGAUUUUUUUUUGUGUUGACGACAGAAGCGUGAUAGCGUAAUCUCACUUUUCUACCGCUAACCACAACAUUGUUUCAUUUAGAGAGACAAACUUUCGCUAUUAAAGUUCAUACGCCUUAAUCAAAGUUCAACUCAAUAUUCAGUUUUAUUAUAUUUAAACCAGAAUUUUUCCGAUUCAUUUCAACGAACAACGAAUUGUUUACAUUUUUUCGUCAAGAAGUGGUGUUUAUAUGAGUUUUCGUACACUAAAAAAUUAUUCGUAUUUUUCGCGCUUUCAUGGGUUGUUCUUUUUUUGAUGAUGAAAGUGAGAUAUUUGUUUGCUGUAUUAUUCUUUUUUCUCGAAGCAAAAACGGAAAUAUCGGACUUGGAUCAACAACUUUUGGGUGCCACUAAAGAUGGUCGAGCAGAUGCAGUCAAAACUCUUAUUGACCAUGGAGCAAACGUAAAUGUCGAGGAUAAGGACAAAUAUACUCCACUUCAGUGGGCUGCACUUUUAGGUCGUUUGGAAGUAAUUAAAACUCUGAUUGAAAAUCGAGCCAACGUAAAUGUUGAAGAUAAGAAUAAACGUCAGCCAAUUCAUCUCGCUGCUUGGAGUGGUCAUACCGAAGCAAUCAAAACUCUAAUUGAUCAUGGGGCAAAUGUGAGUGCGGAAGACAUUGGAAAAUCGACUCCGCUCCACUUUGCUGCCGCACCGUUACCCCGAACUGUUACGGAAACUAGGUUUUCAAUACACACUCCUGCUGCAGGCAAAAUUAAUAUGAUUAAAUUGCUGAUCGAAAAGGGUGCAAAUACAAGUUCUCGAAAUAUUAGAAAUGAAACUCCACGUUCAGUAGCUCUCAAAAAUGGAUUUAAGGAAGAAGCUGACUUACUUGGAGGAAUGAUAGCAAAUGUUCAAAAUAUCUCAUUUAUGAACAUAUCUGCGACCAAAAUGACUGCCAAAGACGCAUGCAAUCGAAUUCGUGGAAAUCAAUCGAUAGAAGAACGUAUUUUAGAUGGCGAUAUAGCAAAUAAUGGUGAAUUCCCUUGGAUGGCUGCCCUGGGCUACAAUGACAAUUACAAAAUAAGCUUUGGCUGCGGUGGCACUAUAAUAUCCGAGUACUAUAUAAUGACGGCGGCGCAUUGCUGUGCGGGUAGGUAUCCACCGGUAUUAGUUCGUGUGGGAAAGGUGAGUCUAAACGAUGUUUAUACCGAUGAAACUCGAGCUACUAAUUAUUAUAUCAAGAGUAUCACACGUCAUCCAAGUUAUUCGGUGAUGACCAAAAAGAACGAUAUUGCUUUGCUUGAACUCACCCUGAAGAUUGCAUUCAGCAAUGCCAUUAGACCGGCAUGCUUGUACACAAAUAUAGAAGAUGUAGAUACUGCUACAAAACUGAUUGUGACCGGCUGGGGUAAUACUAAUCCGAACCGCGAGUCUCAAUCAAACGAUUUACGUAAAAUUGCGGUUAAUACAAAGCCGUUAAAUGAAUGCAAUCGGACUUAUUUGAAUUACAAUAUACUGGUGAAUCUGGCGUCUUUUCGAGAUGGCAUUGAUCCUGGACAGUAUUGCGCAUUUGAUCCAGCUGGAGAAAAGGAUAGUUGCCAAGGCGAUAGUGGAGGUCCACUUCAAUAUAUUCUCAACAAUGACCCAAACACUGUCACAAUAGUUGGUAUCGUUAGUGCUGGUAUUGCUUGCGGUGCAGAUUUGCCCAGUCUUUACACUCGCGUCGCCUAUUAUAUACCUUGGAUUGAAUCUAUUGUUUGGCCAUAGAACUGAGUUAUUUUGCACAAAAUUCUCAGAUUUAUUCAAAAAAUCGACGAUAGCUGUUUUCUGCUGAAAUUUAAUUUGUAACGUAAUCAUCAACGCAUGAAUUUGUAUAGAUACAAACUUUGCAUUUUGUAAAUAUGU